AUGGCUUCAUUUGUUUGUCAGUCUUACAGAUUGAGGACCUGCGUACCUCUUUGGUUGCUGGUAUUAUCAUUCCUUCCGUUCCCGCUAGCUGAUGGUCAGCAGGGGACACUGGAGCAGUUCAACUUCAGCUUGAGUGUCCGAGAAGAUGCUCCAAAUGGCACUUUGGUUGGCGAAGUCCGGGGCACACAGUUCAGCCCACCGUAUGCAAAAUGGAUGCCACAAGCAACUGACAACAGAACCAUCAACAGUUUUAGUGUGGAUGUACAAACUGGCAGGAUUAUCACCAAAGGUGAGCUUGAUCGGGAAGAGCAGGACCACCACACGAUCAUUAUUAGCACAUCGUUCGUGAGUCCUAAACUCGUCAUUGUGGAUAUCAAAGUUUUGGAUGUCAACGAUAUUACUCCAACAUUUCCAAACUCGGUUCAGAAUUUCAACAUUUCAGAAUCUGCACCAUCAACAUACAAGAUUCCAUUGGGAAGUGUUCGAGAUGAGGACUUAGGUGAGAAUACCACACAAAAAGUGGAAAUACUUUCUGGGAAUGAAGAUAACGAUUUUGUCCUUCAGAUUAAAAGCAGUAGCAAUGUGGAUAAAAUCCUAGAUCUUGUUGUUAAUACAUAUCAGUUAGAUUAUGAACGGACUAGUGUUUAUAAUUUAGUUAUCCGUGCCACAGAUGGAGGAGGAAAGUAUUCCCAGAUGCAAGUAAACAUUAAUGUUAUUGAUCAGAAUGAUAAUGAACCUAUUUUUAACACAAGCAAAUAUUCUGCUAAGAUCACAGAAAAUGUCACUGUGGGAACUUCGAUUAUUCAGGUCCACGCCACAGACAUCGACUCUGGAGAUAACGGCAGAAUUAUCUACUCCAUUGACCACAGGUCAGAUCCGGAGGAAUAUUUUACUAUCAAUGCAACAACCGGGUGGGUAAGAGUUAACAAGCCUUUGGAUUAUGAAACCCACGACAGAUUUUCAUUAACUCUUGAAGCACGGGACAAUGGAGCGACCCCGCAGAUGGGUACAGCAGCUUUGGAUAUAAUUGUCGAGAACAUAAAUGAGCAGCCAGCGAAUAUCAGCCUACAGUUCUUGCCGAAGUUCACCAAUGGUCAUGUGCCAGAAGGGACAUCCAAGGGGACACUGUUAGCGAUGAUUGACGUAGAUGACCCAGAUAUUGAUGUCAGUUCUGAUGUAGAAGUUUCACUGUACAACAGUGAUGGUUACUUCACGUUAAAGAAAGUACAGAGUCAGCUAGGUCUGUACGUUGAUCUGGAGUUGGACCGAGAGAGUAUUGCAAGCUUCGAGAUGACACUACAGGUCACCGACACUGGAAACCCACCUCUCCGAGCUAACAAAGUGUUUAAGGUUAUCAUUGAUGACAUCAACGACAAUCCUCCUGUCUUCAAGAAGUCAGAAUACGCUGCAGAAGUUGAAGAGACUGUAGCAGUUGGUACUGAAGUUCUCAAAGUAUCUGCAUUCGACAACGAUACUGGCAUCAACGCGCGGAUUACCUACCAGAUUCAAGAUGGCACUCAACACAUGGGAUGGUUCGCUGUGGAUUCCAGCACAGGCGUUAUCACUACCCGAUCCACAAUGGAUUGCGAAUUGAGUUCGCAGCCAGUUUUGGUGAUCCAGGCCACGGACGGGGGAGACCCUCCCAGAGUUGGCAGUGCCCAGGUGACCAUCAGUGUUCGAGAUGUGAAUAAUAAGGAACCAGAGUUUGAAACCAGUUUCUACAGUAUCAAAAUUGCUGAAAAUCGACGUGUAGGAGAUUGCAUACUUACG